CGAGACCACCACCUGCAGCAGCUGCACCACGCACCGCACGCACACUACUCACACACACACACACACACCUACCUCCCAACCACCCCAUCCACACACCGGCCACUACCUUCCCUUUCCCCCUUUUAAUACCCCUCCCUUCCUCUCCGCACCCCCGACCCCCCUCGCCCAUCUACACCCAUGGCCGACGCAGCCUACGCCUACGAACCCGCCAACGGCACGCCCGAGCACGUCGCAGAGGCCGCUCAGGCCCACCAGGACGAGGUCGCCGCCGCGUCUCACCAGCAGCAGGCCCCCGUCUCGUACCUCAACGCCGACGGCGCGACCAACGGCACCCACUCGCCCAACCUCAACGGCGAUGCCACGUCCAACCACAGCGCCGCUGGCGCCGGCGCCCUCGCCAACGUCCCCACCGUCCUCCGCAAGACGCUCUCGUCCUGGGUCGGUUUCUCAAACCUCCCCAACCAGGUUCACCGCCGCAGUGUCAGGCGCGGAUUCCAGUUCGUCGCCAUGGUUGUCGGCGAGUCUGGUCUCGGCAAGUCGACUCUGAUCAACACGCUGUUCGAGACCAAGCUGUACCAGCCCAAGGUCAUCCCCGACCCCGGAGCUGACCGCGGCAAGACUGUCCAGAUCGAGUCCAUCUCGGCCGAGAUUGAGGAGAACGGCGUUCGUCUCAAGCUUACCGUCGUCGACACGCCCGGUUUCGGUGACUACGUGAACAACGAGGAGUGCUGGAAGCCCAUUGUCGACAACAUUGAGGCCCGUUACGAUGCCUACCUUGAGCAGGAGAACCGUGUCAACCGCCUCAAGAUGACCGACAACCGUGUUCACGCGUGCAUCUACUUUAUCCAGCCCACUGGCCACGCCCUCAAGCCCAUUGACAUCGAGUUCCUCAAGCGCCUGCACACCAAGGUCAACCUCAUCCCCGUCAUUGCCAAGGCCGACACGCUCACCGAGGAGGAGGUCGAGCUCUUCAAGCAGCGCGUUCUCGCCGACAUUGAGUACCACGGCAUCCGCAUCUUCCAGCCCCCCUCGUACGAGAAGGACGACGAGGAGACUGCCCAGGAGAACGACGAGAUCAUCAGCAAGAUUCCCUUUGCUGUUGUCGGUUCCGACAGCGUCGUCCAGGCGCCCGACGGACGCCACGUUCGUGGCCGUUCGUACCCAUGGGGUGUCAUCGAGGUCGACAACGAGCAGCACUGCGACUUUGUCAAGCUCAGGCAGAUGCUCGUCCGCACGCACAUGGAGGAGCUCCGUGAGCACACCAACGACGUGCUGUACGAGAACUACCGAACGGACAAGCUCCGUGCCAUGGGUGUCGCCCAGGACGAGAGCGUGUUCAAGGAGACGAACCCCGCUGUCAAGCAGGCCGAGGAGCGCGCCAUGCACGAGGCCAAGCUCGCCAAGAUGGAGGCCGAGAUGAAGAUGGUCUUCCAGCAGAAGGUGCAGGAGAAGGAGCAGAAGCUCAAGCAGUCCGAGGAGGAGCUCUACGCUCGUCACCGCGAGAUGAAGGAGGCACUCGAGAAGCAGCGCCUCGAGCUCGAAGACAAGAAGCGGCGUAUCGAGAGCGGCCGUCCUCUGACCCCCGAGAAGGGCUCCAAAAAGCGGUUCGGCCUUGGCAAGUAAGCGAGCGCCGUUCGUGUACGGCGGCGGCUCGCGCCUGCCACUCCCCUCUCCCGCCUAGUCUGUGUUUGUCCGCUUCCUCUCCCCGUUACCCCGCGCGCGCCAUCUUGUUGCCUAGUGGUGGUGCUUAUAGUUGGCGCCUCGACACCUUUUCUUUUUCUCCAAAGUACUUGUUUGAUACCCUGGGCCAACUGCGACCAACCCAAUCGCAUCUAACGACCCCUUUACUCUACCUAUGAACCCCGGACUGGUGUAGCUGGUCGGAAUGCACAUAUGACGAUUGA